AUGCUAUCGCAGCAAGCACGCGUAUCUCCCCCUCUAUCUCUUCAUGAAUCCACACGCUCCUCGCCUCCGAACCAUCUUGAUUCCUUGUUUCAGAACCUCAACGCUGCUCCGGCUGGCGGGAGCGGAAUUUCUUACGGACCGCCUGUACAUAAUAAUAACUCGGCGCCUGCAACCCCCAUGUCGUCCAUGACGGCGUCCUCAGCACCGGGUGCCGCGGCUACGGAUAGACAGAGCGCCUUAUUAUCUCUUCUGGGGUCUGUAGGCUCAUCUGCUCCCGCUGCGCCUGAGGCUAGUGCCAGUGAAGCGCCCGCUCCCCAGCAAAUUCCUACACCUCCUGGAUCGGCUCAGAGAGCUGGUUAUGCAACCAGCAAUGAGGCCCGGGGCAACUUUUUGCUGGAACAGCUGAUGUCAGGUAACGCACCGCGGUCCGAUUACACUGAUUCCCAGCGCAACAUUCAGCCUUCGGGCUCCUCUCCUAGCUAUAUUGAUUCCUCGCUUGACACGCCUUCACACCAUGAAAACGACAUAUAUGACAUUCUUGGGGCCUCGUUUGGUCCGCAUGAGGCUUCCCGUGAGCCUGCUGCGCGCCCGUCACAAUAUCCUGCCCAGCAACCUCCACCACAACCUCCUUCCCCGACACGGAAAUCUAUGUUUGAUUUUGUAUCUCCAUUCGACGCACUGGCGUCCUCGUCUUCUUCGGCGAAGAAGAAGCCUGCCCCCGCUGAGCCGCCGAGCGAAGACUCCUGGACUUCGGUGUCUGUUUCCACGGACCCCAAGCGGAAAUCCGUCGAGAAUCUUAUGGACCAGUUGACAAGGGGACAGCCACCUUUACCGGCUCCUCAACGGGCGCAGGCACCCCAGAGCUCCUAUGAUCCCUACCAACGCAGUGAUGACUCUUCCGCCGCUGAACAGGCCGGGCCUAUCUUGCCUCCCCCUCCCUUGCCUCCGAAGCCAGCCGAACAUGUCUCUCCUCGAGCGUCGCCCCCGAAGGUUGCUGCUCAGCAUCGUCAACAACAACCCCGGUCGACUGAGUCGCCCCUGGGCCAGCCCGGAGGGCAAGGAAAUGGCCCACCCGGGCGAAGAGACAAGGAAAGUUCUCCUGUGCCUCGAUCCAAGAAUGGUGGGCAUGACGGCAGAGGCGGUAAGGCUGCUGGCCAGCGAAACAAAUCUCGUGCAAGCCCUGGUCCUCACACCCAAAACAUAUUCGUCGAUGUCUCUCAGCCCUUGGACGAGAUACAAGCCCCUCGGGAUGCCGUCAAGUCAACCGCCAUAGCCCUCGUGAAAGUUGAUUCGACGUUCCUGCCCGGUACGACUAUAGGCGCUACGCACUGGGUAGCAUAUGCGAUGACCCGAGGACGUAUUCGCGUCAUAUCCAGGUCAAGUGGCGAUCGUACGCUCUUGCAACUCCCUCCUAUCUUCCCCCAGUCUACGGCUGUCACCGACAUGGCGGUAUACCGCAACAGGCUGGCCGGUGUGACGUCCGAUGGAGGCUUCGUGGUUUGGGACUUGCCUGAAGUCAUCACAGACGAUGUUCCUGGUCAGUUGUUGCUCUGCGUUUACCCCUCUAGCGGAGCGGAGGCGCUACACAGUGUCAAAUGGCAUCCGAAGGACCCGGAUACGCUGGCCGUCGCGUCGGAGAGCAAGGUCUAUCUCAUCAACAUAGCGGAUGCUGCCCAUGCCUUUGGUGGUGAUCCUAUUUCUCAGUCCGAGCUAUCGCGCACGAGUCAUAUCUUCAAUAUGUCCGCGCCCCUCAUCUCCUUCGACUUCGACGUCUACAACUAUGCAAUUGCUACGAUUUCUGAGGACUCUGCCCUGACGUACUGGAGUAUUCGUGAUAGACUGCCUUUCUGGUCACAAAAAAUCCGAGGAGAAGACCUUCCAUCUUCCAUUACUAUAGUGGACAACGGAGUUGUCAUUGGCCGGAAGAACGGUACCAUUUUCCAGCUCCUCCCAAUUAUGAGCAAGAACGUCCUUUCUUCUGUCAAGUUCGUAAAUGGGGACAAGGACGACCCUGAUAUGUUCGGCCAUGCGAAUUAUGACUCUCGAAUACAAACUCUCUGGAUUGCCAACAACAGGCGGGAUAGUAUGAUCGCGCUGAAAAUCAAUAUUGAGCUGCCCGAAACUCAUGCCAACGGCGACGAAGUGAGAGGAGCUUUCGACCGGGUGGUUGAGUUCGGCGGACCCAAGCCAACUAUCCACUUCGUCAUCCUUACCGGCGAUGCCGAUCCUCACGGAGACGAGGCCCGUGCUGCUUGCGUCGCGGCAAAAGUGCCCCCGGGAGAGUUAGCGCUGGUUGCGUUUUCCGUUCACUCGGGUGGUGUCGACCAGGUGCUGAUCCGCAAGGAAUGGUACGAUUCGGCCCUCGCGAGUGUCUCCUCUAGAUUCCCGACAUCUGUGCCUCCUGUUGCUGGGCCUGCAACUCGCGGCGAUAUCGGCAGGAAACGCCAGGUUCAGUCUAUCCAAGAUGUCCAUGGACCUCUGCAACAGUCCUAUGCCGCUCAGUCUGUCGGUCUGUCCGCUGCUCCUGCCAGACCCAGAACCCCUCCAUCCGAGGAGGUCGAUAGUGAACAGGCUCGCGAGGAAGGCCGUUUCCAAGACAUGAAAGGGAAAGCAGCUAAGGGCAAGAGCGUCGGCUGGAAAGACGGUGACUCUGGCAAGGAGAGGGCCGGCAAGGAAGAGCAGGCACUGGCUGAUCCUUCUGUUCCGAGCAACAUCUCGAAGGAGAUGAAGAGGAUGGAGGAGAGCCUCCAUACCCGACUCGGCCGGCUGAUCGGAAAGGAGUUGGAUAAGCAACACCAACGGUUGGAGGAAGUCAGGGUCAGCGAGCAGGCAGCUGAUUUCGCUAGACAAGAGAAACUUCUGAAGCUGAUUUCGAACGAGUUGACAAAGAACACGACUCGCGUCGUGGAAAUGGCGGUCAAGAAUGAAGUGCAAAAUUCCGUCCUGCCGUCUCUCGAGAAUAUCACCAAAAAUGAGGUCAAGUCUUUGGUGAAUGGCCAAAUAGCAAAGGGCGUUUCAGACGCCGUGAAGCAGAGUCUACCAAACGAGAUUGAAAGGAUGCUGUUGCGUCCUGACGUUUCCACUCACUUCGCUAGGAACUUCUCUUCAACAGUCACGCCGAUUAUCGAGCGUCAGGUCAAGGACGCUGUUACUAAGACCCUCAUACCGGCUUACUCGCAACAGACCUCUUCCAUGCAACAAGACAUAUCUCAUGAGAUCCGCUCUGAGCUUGCAACCCUCAGGAAGGACAUCAUGUCAUGGCAGACCGAGACACUGCGGGGACAUGAGUCUCUGAUCAGAGAGCUCGAGCAAAAUGUCCGGACCCUGUCUGAUCAAGUCAAAUAUUUGAGCAUGAAUGCUUCCUUGAGCGUUCCCUCUAGCCAUCACGCCCUCCAAAAUCGUGCCUCUCCAGUCCCCAGUAGUUCACAGACUAGCCUCCCUCAAUAUAAUCAAUCUCAUAUGCGACAGCCGAGUCUACCGACCGCCUCGCAGUCGUCGGCAUACGCUCAGAGUCAUGGGCCAUACCAACCUCUGGGUCCGUCCUCUGUCCCUGGACCAUGGAUGCCACCCAACAUCGCUGCCCCCCAAGCGUCCCACCCUAUCGCACCUCCUCCGCCUCCACCACCUCCUGUCAUCCGACAGACGCCUCCUGCCACAAAUGAAGAGUGGGAUGACACGUAUCUGGCCGUCCUGGGCACUCAGGAUCCCCGACAGCUGCGCGAAUUGCUGGCGCGGUCCAAUCCUGAGGUUAUCAUGCCCCUGUCUGGCCCCAGUCCUUUGUCGCAAGCGGUAGUCCUGACACUUGUCCAUCGACUGGCCGCCGCCGUUGGCGAGACGUCCCCUGUCGAUGAAAGCUUCAAGUCAUCUCUCUGGUGGCUGCAGCGCGCCGCCUCCAUCCUCAAUACCAAUGACCCUCUAAUCUCUCCAUACAUCGCCCGCGUGCUACCUAACGUCCAACAGAUGCUUAAUACUACAAGACAGCGCCUUUCUAUUCUCCCCGGUGGCUCGCCUCAGCUGCAAGACUCAGCUAGGGUGAUCUCCGAUGUUCAGGACGUCCUCAGUCGCAAGCCGCUGUAG